AUGGAACGACGGCGGCGAUGGACGGUCUAUCAUCGAUUGAUUCUUUGCAUUUCCGUCUUUGACUUGAUCAUGUCACUGGCGUAUUCCUUCGGGUCCAUGCCCCUCCCCCCGGAAACGGGUAUUCCUUCCGCCCGAGGCAGCUUUGCGGCGUGUACCGCCCAAGGACUCGCCAAGCAAUUUGGAGCCUUUGGAUUUGUCUACUCGGCAUGUCUAGUCAUCUAUUUCAUGCUCAUGAUUUGCUACAAUUACCGAGAAGAACAAAUUGCCGCCUAUCACGAAAAAGUCAUGCACGGCAUUACCAUCGGCUUGGCCUUUGGCACGGGCAUGGUCGGAUUGGCGUACCAAUUCUUUAACCCCCGUCGUCACGGGAUGCUGGGUAGCCGCCUAUCCACCCUUUUGGGAUGUCAAUCCAACCAUGACAUGUACGCGGGGUGCCAAUGCCGAAGUCUUUUUGCUGUGGGCCGUGACAAUACCGGCAUUCUUGGUGCUCGUGCAGAGUUUUCUGUACGCCGCCUCCUUUAUCAAUUCCGGUCUAAUACCGUGUCUGUCAUUCGGCUGGUGGAUCGUGCCAACGAAACCAAUCGACUCUUGAACGACUUGUUUUGGGUAUAUGUGCUUGCCGUGACUUUUCUGCCAUUGCAGGGGAUUUGGAAUGCCACGAUUUUUAGUCGCCCCCGGUAUCUUCAAUUUCGAAAACGGGAUCCCGACGGCAGUUGCUGGUACGCCAUGAAGCAGAGCAUUUGGAAUCCUUCCAUGGCAUUUCAAAACAGCAGCAAUCGAACAUCCGUGCGGCGAAAUUUGAGGACGUCCUCGUUCACCAAUCAACAACUUCUGCCCAAGAAAUGGAAAGAUCAUAGCAAUCAUGAUGAUUGCAACGACAGCAAUGAUGAUUGCAACGACAAUGUUGACACGCACAAUCAAUCCACUGCAACCCAAUCCCACACUGGUGAUGAUGUCAAGAAAUCGACAACAGAACAACUACAACGAGUUGCAGUUCCAUCUUGUGGUGACGACGAUGAUGUCGCGAGCGACGGGGAUUCUGACCACAGUGACAUCGUAAAAACAGAGAAGCACUGCGAGAGGGAAGAAGAAGAGUGUCAAGUCCACGGUAGGACAGGGGACACAUCGAGUGCAGAGUAG